GAGUGGAUUUAUUGAGCCGUGUGGAACUCAUUUUCUAGCAAAUUUCGAAAUUUCAAGUGGUUCAUAAUGGUCUUCAUAUAGAUGUGAGUAUAUCGGCAAGAAAUCUGCAGACAAGGAGUAUUUACUGGCUUCACCAAGUUUACUUUACUAAACAGUCAAGCCAUCAUGUAUCCGGUAAACCAGUUACAGAAUCAAGCAAUUGCUGUGCUAUGUGCCGUAAUUGUCUUCAUCUUCUAUUCGAGGAGAAAGUUGUUUAACAGUACCCAUAUUCAUAAGCCUGGAAAGACAGCACCAGAACCAGCAGGAGCAUGGCCAAUUAUAGGCCAUCUUCACCUCCUCGGGGGAGCAAAACUCAUGUACCGAACUCUAGGUUCUUUGGCGGACGAAUACGGACCAGUUUUCAUGGUUCGACUUGGUAUGCGACGGGUUCUUGUAAUUAGUAACACGGAAUCAGCUAGAGAGUGUUUCACUACAAAUGAUAAGGUUUUUGCUACCCGUCCAACCACAGUUGCUACAGACUUGCUGACUUACAAUCACAGCAUGUUCGGUUUUGCAACUUAUGGACCUUACUGGCGCGAGAUACGCAAGAUAGCAACAAUGGAGCUCCUAUCGGAUAGACGUCUAGCUAUUCUCAAAAACGUUUGGAUCUCUGAGAUUAAUGUGUGCAUAAAUGAACUACAUCAACUCUGGAUAGACAAGAAUAGUAGAAAAGUAGAUCAUCAUCAACAUGUUUACAACCCAAUUUCGGUGGAGAUGAAUGGAUGGUUUGCAGAUUUUUCUUUCAAUGUUGUGGCCAGAAUGAUAGCUGGGAAAAGAUAUUUCGGAAAGAAGUCGGAUGGUGGCGAAGAAGAAACCAGGAGGUAUCGGGAAGCAAUGAAUGAUUUUAUGCACUUGUUAGUGAUAUUUCUGGUGUCUGAUGCUGUUCCAUUUUUAGGGGGAUUAGACUUCCAGGGAUAUAAGAAAAGGAUGAAGAAAACUGCCAAGGAAAUUGAUUAUUUUCUGGGUAAAUGGGUUGAUGAACAUCGACAACGCUUGAAAUAUAAAAACGUAUCCAAAGUUGGCCAACAAGAUGAUGAUUUCAUAGAUGUGUUACUGCUGAACUUAAAUGAUCAACCGAUCUAUGGUCGCGAUACUGAUACAAUCAUCAAGUCUACUUGCCUGUCUCUUAUCGCAGGUGGUAGUGACACCACAGCAGUUACACUAACUUGGGCACUAUCGUUACUGCUGAACAACCGACACGUAUUAAGAAAGACUCAAGACGAGUUGGACAUACACGUGGGCAGGGAAAGACAAGUGGAAGAAUCAGAUAUCAAGAACCUCGUUUAUCUCCAGGCCAUAGUGAAGGAAACAUUGCGUUUAUAUCCAGCUGCACCGUUAUCAGCACCAAGGAUGGCAAUGGAAGAUUGUACGGUUGCGGGGUUCCAAGUAACUAAAGGCACACAGUUGAUGCUUAAUCUAUGGAAAUUACAUCGAGACCCGCAUUUUUGGGGUCCUGAUCCUUUGGAGUUUAGGCCAGAGAGAUUUCUUACUGCUAAUAGUAGUAGCACGGGAAGUGGUUGUAGUGUUGAUAUCGAUGUUAAGGGUCGACACUAUGAGUUACUACCAUUUGGAUCUGGUAGACGGAUGUGCCCAGGAGUUUCAUUUGCGAUGCAAGUUAUUCAUCUGACGAUCGCUACUUUACUUCACGGAUUUCAUUUAUCGACGCCAACAGAUGGUCCAGUUGAUAUGACUGAAACUUCAGGACUUAGUUGCCCCAAAGCAACCCCAUUAGUAGUUUUGCUCACUCCACGUCUGCCCUCUUAUAUAUUUUGUGAUUUAGCAGACAGGUGUGACUCAAAAGUUGAGCACCUCUACUCAAAAUAAAUGAAUAAUUGAGCAGAAAUUCUUUAUCAAAUGGAUCAUCUUCUGGGAGGAAAUAUAAAAGGGGAAAAAUACAGUUUCCUCCUAUUUUGGAUAUCACACUGGUUUUCAACUAAGCCAGAUCAAGUCUUAUUUUGGAUAUCACACUGGUUUUCUAUUAAGCCAGAUCAAGUCUCUGUAGGAGAUUAUAUUUUAUAUGGACAGGUGAUGUUGCAGAUGCACCUGCUUUUGUGCAGGUUGCGUCUAGACAAGCAAGCCGCCAUAAAAACUUCGCCACAUUUUUAAGAGAUAAAAUUUUCAUGAUAUAAAAAUCUCUAGCCUUUUCGGGACUUGUUCCUGGACAAAAAAAGCUUCGGUUAUCGGGUGAUGUUACAGAUAUGGAAAAAUAGAUGUAAAAUGGCGUUUGAACAUGCUAAAAUUAACCAUAAUAGUGCAGCCCAGAACAUAUAAUGCUCAGGGAUAUUUCAAA